CGCGGCGAGACACAGCGAGAUUUGUCCGACUCGGAGCGAGCGAUGGUGAAAAUCGCGGGAGCGGCAGUCACCGUAGCAGUGCUGAUGAUCACAGCGGGCACGCCACACGCGGGACAAUUCUUCUUCUCGGCCCGCGCUCUGCCGUGGUGCGCGGCGGCGCGCUACUGCCGCUCGCACGGCGGGCACCUCGCCACCGUGGGGGACGCGCGGCUCAACGCUCGCCUCGCGCUCGCCGCCACCGCUCCCCACGCCCCCCACGCCGCCCCCCCCCACGCCGCCCCCCCCCCCGCCGCCUUCUGGCUGGGACUGCGCCGCGACGGGGCGGGCGUCUGGCGGUGGCUGGAGGGCGGCGCGCCGGCCCCGUUCCUGCCCUGGGCGCCCGGCGAGCCCAACGGCAGGAAAAGCGACGAGGAGUGCGUGGAGCUCUACGUGGGGGGGCGGAGGAGGGGCAGCGGCGGCGGGGGGGCGGACGAGAGACACGGGCGCUGGAACGACGAUGGCUGUCGGCGGAAGAAGAGUGCGCUGUGCUACAGAGACCAGGCGGAAGCGUCACGUGGCUCUCCGGCUCCAGGCCAAGAAAGUCAGAUCCAGGUUUUGAUCGAGGACGCUCCGGGCCUGCCGCGAUCCGGGGGCCACUCCACGGCGACUCCGCUCCGCGCUUUGCCGACCGCAGCUCCAGAAGUCUGGUCAACGGCCGCUCCAGAUGAUCCAGUCCAGUCAACAGCUGAUCCAGUCCGGUUUGAACUAAAUCCAGUCCAGUCAACAGCUGAUCCAGUCCGGUUUGAACUAAAUCCAGUCCAGUCAACAGCUGAUCCAGUCCGGUUUGAACUAAAUCCAGUCCAGUCAACAGCUGAUCCAGUCCGGUUUGAACUAAAUCCAGUCCAGUCAACAGCUGAUCCAGUCCGUCCAGUCAACAGCUGA